CAGUGGAAGAGAGAGACGCUGGAGGAGGAAGGAAUAGGCCUGGUGGGGAGAGAGAGAGAGAGUGAGAGAGAAGGAGAGAGAGAGAGAGAGAGAGAGAGAGAGAGAGCGAGCGUGAGCGCCACAGAGCGAGCAGGAGGCCAUGGAAUAGCCGCCACGCGUUCUCCCAAAACACCGAAGAUUUCCGCAGCCGUGGAAGAACCAAUCGGAGUGCGCUCUCCCCGGGACGCUGCGUCGGCCAGCCGUGCGAUGUAAACGCUUACAGGAUCACGUGCGGGGCUCGCGGGGCGUCUUUGUUAGCAACCAGCUGUGGCGCCACAGCAACCGUUGGUUAUCUAGCAGCACGUGCGCCACGCGGCACGUCUCGCUUCUGUAAGACCCGCUGACACGGGGGAUAUCAGUGCCAGCGGUCAGAGACCCGCCGUAGCUCAGGAGCACCGCACGCGUGUGUGUGUGUGUGUCUGUGUGUGUGUGGAGCGUGCUAUCAGAAGUCUGCUGCUGUACUAGACUUGAUUCGGCAGUGCGUGAUGAGGCCGGGUACCCGCUGACGUCUGGGACCCGGUCCAGUGCUCCACCCGAGCGCUACACCACCUCCUGACCGCAGAGCAGCGGCACCUUUUAAUAUCCGACGUGUGACACGUCGCUGCAGUUUCUGUCAUUUUUAUUCACUUGCCCAGAGAGCGACCCAAGUGUGUUGAGGCCGUAUUGCGGUAUUGUCUCGAAAGUGGAGAAAUAUGGGAUUUUGAUACCGUGCCGACGCCGUCAUCUCCCAGCGUGGUUUUGCUUAGUUUUCCCGGCGCUCCGGGCUAGUCUUUUCUUCUUGUGAUGAAUGUGCAUGAGUACGGCUCACCCUGUUGCAGGCCUUUAUUGAUCUACCGUUUGACUCUCCAUCGUAGCCAGACCCUCGCACGUGCGCUUAGCGUGGUGCCUCUCCUGCAGUCUCACACGGCGUUUCGGCCUGUCAGUCAGGAAACAAAGACACCGUGGUAAGCGGUGACAGUGGUACUGCUAAGGUGGAGUUUUUUGUCCUUAAACAUGAAGGUUUGCCUACUUUUUGUGAGAGAGUUUUAGUGUGUGCGUACGCUGACGAGUGCGUGCACAGUUGGUUGCUGAAGCGCCACCAUUAGCCCCGCGCUCGUACCAGCUGUGUUAGUGUACUGCUGUUCAGAGCUUUUGGCUUAGUUGAAGCUUAGCCCCGUGAAAGGGCAACGCGUGUGUGUGUGUGUGUGUGGCGUGACUGUGUGUGUGAGCAGUGCCACAGACACAGAAGCAUCAUUGAUCAGCCUUUGAGACUCGAUGCACAAUGAGCCCAGGCCAGCGAUCUCUCCUGUUCUCUCACUCACUCACUGUAUUCCUUCUGCACUCCUCCGUUCUUCUGUCGCUCUGCUCACGGGGGCAGGCGGUGGAGGCCGAGAACGUGACGGUUCUGGAGGGUGGCACAGCACAGAUCUCCUGUCGCCUGCAGAACUACGAUGGUUCCAUAGUGGUCAUCCAGAACCCACGCAGGCAGACGCUUUUCUUCAACGGCACACGGGCGCUAAAAGACGACCGCUUUCAGAUGGUCUUAUUCACACCACGCUUGGUGCGCAUCACGCUGACCAACGUGAGCGUGUCGGACGAGGGCGGCUACUUCUGCCAGCUCUACACAGACGACACCCACCACCAGGUGGCUACGCUGUCAGUGGUGGUACUCCCGGAGGUGCCCAUCGUGGAGGUGAAAACUGAGGCGGUGGAGGGGGGAGAGGUGGAGCUCAGCUGCCUGUCGCCACGGAGCAAACCCCCUGCCACGCUGCGCUGGGUCCGAGACCGCAGAGAGAUCCCUGGUGUCAUUUCUCAGCAGGAGAAUGUGAAGACGGUGAGUGUGUCCAACACCAUCCGUAUCCCAGUGGAGCGUAAGGAUAACGGUGCUGCUCUGAGCUGUGAGGCGUCACACCCAUCCCUCGCUGGUCAGAAGAGGAUUCGCCACUACCGCCUGGACGUGCACUUCGCUCCAACUGUCAGGAUCGUUCCCCCACUGGGAAUUCUCCGGGAGGGAGACUCACUCAGCCUCACCUGCGUCGUCACUGGAAACCCAAUGCCACGUGACAUUCAGUGGUCACGAGUGAAUGACAGCAUGCCAGAAAGGGCGGAGACAUCUGGCACCACCCUCAUCAUGACGCGCCUCAGCCAAUCACACAACGGCACUUACCUCUGUCAGGCGCAUAAUAAUUAUGGCCGCGCGGCUGACCACUACACGCUGCUGGUGUACGAGAAUGUGUCUGUGUCUGUCACUCCCACACCCCCACCUGACUCCACCUCCCAAACCCACCCACUCUUCAGCUUCCCACUGGAGCGCAGAGACCCAGGGGCAGUCGUGGAGGCACACAGUGCAGUACCGUACGCUGUCAUAGGGGGUGUGCUCGCAUUGCUGGUGUUCACUGUCAUCUGUGUGCUCAUCGUCACCAUCUGGUGCUCCGUUCGACAGAAAGGAUCAUAUCUGACACAUGAGGCGAGUGGCCUUGAUGAGCACGGGGAGGUACAGGAAGCGUUUCUCAACGGAAACGACACCAGUCAGGGCAAGAAGGAGUAUCUACUGUAACAGCCCUAGUGGAUCGCUACGGAGCAUACACCACAGCUGCCCACACACACACACACACACACACACACACUCACACACACACUCACACUCACACAAACUCACUCUCCCUGCUAAACCAUGAGAAGGAGGCAGAGUCACCGUCACCCUGCAGGCGUUCAGGCCCAGCCGGGCUCCAAACCUCCAAAGCGGUCCGGUCACUGAGCCCAAUCCAAAUCAACUAAUCAGACGACAGCUACGAGGGCCUCGUGUCUCUCGCUAGAAAGGAUUUACAGCUGCCCCUCCCCACCUACUGGAACCUACCACACACACACACACACACACACACACACACACACACACUUCUGAAGCCUGCUGGGUACAGCUGUAGUCUCUGAUCGUCUCUCUCAGGCUGUUUCUCUCUCUGUCCCCACCUGUCUACCCACCACCUCAGUCAUUAGGCCAUUAUAAUGUGGAGGUGUGAGGCAGAUGCUGAAUUACAGUGAAGUGUCUCUCACACUGGAAGGACUGGGACUUGACAACUAGAACAAGGAAAGUGAUGAGCUGAAUGCAAAGACAGAAUAUUACACACACUCACACACACACACACACACACACACACUCACACACACACCACACUCACACACACAAACUCACACACA